UUUAGUCGUGCCUUUGAAAAGCGCAGCGCAUUAAAAUGUUGCAUAAUACAAAUUUUCUCUUUCUAAUUGCCAUCACGCUUGGUUACGCAAGGAACUGUACCGAUAAUAAUGUUGCAGUUCGAACUAGUUUUGCGAUUGAUUAUGAAAAUGAUCAAUUUCUUCUCGAUGGGACACCGUUUCGAUACGUUAGCGGUAGUUUUCACUAUUUUCGGACACCUAGGCAGUAUUGGAGAGAUCGGUUAAGAAAGAUGAGGGCAGCUGGUUUAAAUGCUAUUUCAACAUAUGUUGAAUGGAGCUUACAUCAACCUGAGCUAAAUAAAUGGGUUUGGGAUGGAGAUGCAGAUCUUGUUGAAUUUAUUAAGCAAGCACAAGAGGAAGAUUUGUUAGUUAUAUUGAGACUAGGACCCUAUAUCUGUGCUGAAAGAGACUUUGGUGGCUUUCCAUAUUGGCUACUCAGUCUUGUUUCAGAUAUAAAACUACGUACCAAUGAUUCACGAUACAUGGAAUAUGCUGAAAAAUACCUAAACCAGGUUUUGAUUAGAGUGAAACCACUACUGAGAGAUAACGGCGGGCCUAUUAUCAUGAUUCAGGUAGAAAAUGAAUAUGGGCAUUUUUAUGCAUGUGAUAAACAUUACACGAAACGAUUAAGAGACAUAAUUAAAAACCAUGUUAAAAGUGACGUGGUUCUAUUUACAACCGACGGCAUAUAUCGACCAGAAUUACGCUGUGGAUCUAUUCCAGGAGUUUACGCAACGAUCGAUUUUGGUACAGCUACUAAUGUUACCGAAAAUUUCAAUCUUAUGCGGGAAAUUGAACCAAAGGGGCCGUUAGUAAAUUCAGAAUUUUACACUGGAUGGCCGUCAUAUUGGAAAGGACCUUUCCAAAGAGUAGAAACCAAAAAAAUAAUAAAAAUGCUGGAUGAGAUGUUAUCAGUCGGAGCGUCAGUUAAUUUUUACAUGUUUUAUGGAGGAACAAACUUUGCUUUCACAUCAGGCGCUGACGUAUUCGACAAAUAUGCUCCGGAUAUAACAUCUUAUGAUUACGACGCUCCCCUCACAGAAGCUGGAGACCUAACUCCCAAAUAUUUUCAAAUCAGGAAGACUAUUUCACAGUAUCUUCCGCUACCAAACAUACCGAUACCGCCAGUAUCAUUAAAAGGCGAGUACGGGAUUGUACAAAUGAAGUCAGUUUUACGGCUAUUUGAUAAUGAAACACGUAGCUUAUUUGGUACUAAAGUGAUAAAUUCACAGAAAGCUCUUACAUUCGAGGCCCUCAACGUUUCAAGUUGGCUUGUUUUAUAUGAAGCAAAUGUUUCCUCAUUUGAUAUUUCAAAUAGAAGUGCUAUAUUACAGGCUAGUCCAAAGGACAGAGCAUUCAUUUAUUUAGACGAUGAACUUAUUGGUGUUCUUAGUAGAGCGCUCAAGACAAAAAGUCUACUUUUGGGACCAACAAAUGCUAAAAGCCUUCAAAUAUUAGUGGAAAACCAAGGACGUGUCAAUUUUGGUAAUGUAGACGUUGAAGAUUUCAAGGGAAUUUUUAAUGUUACACUGAACGAUGUCAAAAUUUCACCAUGGAACAUUACUGGCUUCAGAUUUAAUACCAUUUUUGAAUCGAUUUUAACUGCAAUAAAAUCACCGACUGCUGAAAUGAAAACAUUAGUUAGCGGACCGCAAAUAUUAAUUGGGCAUUUCGAUGUGACCGGAGUUCCUCGAGAUACUUACUUAAAUACAGCUGAAUGGGGAAAAGGAGCAGCCUUUGUUAACGAUCGUAAUCUCGGUAGAUAUUGGCCUCUUGUAGGACCUCAAAUGACUUUGUACGUUCCUGCUGCAUAUUUAAAGGAAGGAAAGAACACCUUAGUUUUGGUUGAGUUGGAAUAUGUUCCUGCAAAUCGCAAAAUCAAUUUUCAAACGAUACCAGUGUUGGAUUAUUAUAGUAAUAGAACUAGCAAUAGAUGAAACCGUAUUUACUUGCAAAUUUUUUUCAUACUUUAGAGAGAUAUUCCAAAAUAUAGUUCAACAAAGCAUCAUAUUCACCUUAUUACAAAUUGAUAUACUGUAUAUAUCGCCUAUGUAUAGCAUAACGAUAAGUCCAUUCGAUCAUUAUAUUAACCUUCACGAUGGGUGGUAUUUACAACAGUAACGCUUUUGAAUUGAUCGGCGAUGAUAAUGCUGUUCUACAAGGAGUAGUACAUCGACGGAAGACCUCCCGCAGACGAUAUCGCCGUUUUGUAAAGAGCUCUGAGAAUCAAUGGUGAUAAUAUCCUAUACCGGCCAGGUGACAAAUGGGAAAUAGACUCUACGGGAAGCAUCGAUUAUGUACAUAUAUAUCACGCCCCUGCAAGCACCCAAUGGGUGCGUUGCAGUUUUUUCCAAAUCGACACUUAUUCCGUGCGAAGUAACGAUUACUGCUGAUAAUAUCACUGUAUGUUAGGUAUACGUAAUGCAAUUUUAGU